AUGAUCGCCAAGUACGCCGAGGACGAGGACUUUGACGCGCUCGAGGACCCGCCGCGCCUCGCCAAGGUGCUCCGACGGAGCUGGCACGAGGGCGGACAGGGCGCGAUGGAGGGCUUCCGGAACGCCGUCACCGAGCAGCCGUACAAGCACCCGCACCUCGUGACGCUGCUUCUGCACCUGGCGUACAGCAUCGACGAGGGCGCCAAGCCGCCCACGGACGAGGGCAUGGAUGCCGCCGAGGGCAACGGCGAGCCGCAGACGGGCGACAAGCGCAAGGCCGCGGGAGACGACGAGGAGUGCGGUCGCGAGGUCAUUGAGGACCUGGGGCGGGCGUUCCGGAAUGCCGUCGAGGGAAGGCAGUGGCGCGAUGCCCGCCUGCUGCUCCAGUUCCUGUCGCUGCUCGUCCCCGCUGGCCUGGUCAGCUCCCAGAGCAUCAUCGAGGUGUACAAGGGCCUCCUGACCGUCAUCAACGAGGUCGGAGGCGGCGGCGACCGUGCCGAGCGCGCGUGCCGGGCCGUCACCGAGGGCCUCAUGCGCUCCGCCCACGGUCUGGUGCCGACAUACUCGGGCGACGUCGAGGACCUCGUUGGCUCCAUCGAGCAGUGGGUCUACGGCCGCAAGGGAAGCCGCGAGCUUAUCAACCCCUUCGCCCCGAUCCUCGAUGCUGGAGAGGAGGCCGAGCCCUACAAGGAUACGGUCGCCGAAUUCCUCGCCGCGCUGCACGCGCUCCGCGCCGACGGGUACGCUCCCCCGUCUGUCCUUCCCCGCCCCAGCGAGAGCGUCACGCUGCCCGAGGGCGCGAUCCUGCCGGACGCGUACAACCUGUCGCCUGUCAACAUGCCGCCGGACCUGUACGAGGCUUCGGACGACCUCGACAACGGCCAGGUCGGCGAGGGCCAGGCUGGUUGCCUCCGCCUGUUCGCCGAGGACGUCGUGCCUCCGGCCGACACAGUGAUGGGAUGGACGCUGCGCUCGCUCUUCCUCGACAUGAUCAACAUCUACGAGGUGAACCGCAAGGAGUGCGCACGCCUCUUGCUCGCGCUUCCGCACCACCUGACGCCGGGCACGUUCAAGGCCGAGGGCAACGAGUCGACAAUCUCGCUCGAGUCGCUCAUUGUCAACUCGAUGCUCGCCGGCCUGUUCAGCCUGAACCCCCUGCCGUUCCGCCCAAUCUACUACGGCUCCGUCAUCACCGAGCUCUGCAAGCUGUCUCCCACGACCGUUGCGCCCCCCGUUGGUCGCGCCGUCCGCAAGCUCUUCACGAUGAUGGGUGCCGAGGGCCUCGACCUCGAGAUUGCCCGCCGCGCCGCCGAGUGGUUCGCGAUCCACCUGUCCAACUUUGGCUUCCAGUGGAUGUGGAAGGAAUGGAUUCCCGAGCUUGAGCUCCCGACCGGUCACCCGAAGCGCGCAUUCAUGCGUCGCGUCGUCGAGCUCGAGGUUCGCCUGGCCUACCACGACCGCAUCCAUCAGACUCUCCCCGAGCCCAUGCUCGAGAAGGGCGCUGGCGUCAUUGCCGACGCGCCCCCCGAGCCGGUGUGGGUGUACGAGUCGAGCGAGAACCCGCUGCACGCCGAGGCGACCGAGCUCCUCCGCCUCAUGCGCCAAAAGGUUCCCGCAAACGAGGUCAAGAGCUACCUCGACAAUCUCCCCGGCGCGCGCACCGAGGGCAGCGAGGUGCUCUCCGCGCCCAUCCUGACCAUGGCGGUCGAAACGAUUCAGCACCUCGGUGCACGCUCGUUCUCGCACUUCCUGAACGCGACCGAGCGCUACCUCGAUGUACUGAGGCACAUGACGCCGGACGCCGCGUCGCGCCGCGUGCUCCUCGACGCUGUCGCCAGCUUCUGGCGCCAGUCGGCCCAGAUGCGUCUCAUCACCACGGACAAGUACCUGCAGUACGGCAUCCUGGAGCCGAUGGACGUCGUCUCGUGGGUGUUUGCCGAGGACCCCUCGUCGUCUUCGGGCACCGACGCCGCCGAUGGCUGGACAGACGGCGACAAGUGGGAGCUCCUCCUCAUGACGCUGGACAAGGUGCAGGGCCGCGUCAAGGCUGUCUCGCGCCGCCUUGCCGCGGUCGAGAAGGCCGACGAGGUCGCUCGCGCGCGUCGCGCCGCCGAGCGUCUCGAGUCUGGUGAGGGCGUCGGCGACGACGAGGAGGACGAGACGCUCGAGCGCUCCCGCGAGGCGCGCGACGUGCAAGCGUCUCUGGACCUCCAGUCCGAGCGGGCCGACAAGGUGUUUGUCGCCACGACGCAAGCGUUCGUGUCCGAACUCCUGCCGUGGGCCUUCCCAGCCGAAGGAGCCGAGGAGGGCGAGGACGCCGGGUCGGGCUUGAAGGCCGUAUUCGCGCUGCAGGACGCGGGCGAGACCGGCGCCUGGAGCACGCGCGCCAAAUGGGGAUGGUACCGCGAGUUUGCAAGGCGCUACGCCACGGGCAUCCGUGACUUGAACGACCGCGUGCAGGCCGAUAUCCUCGCCAAGAUACCCGAGCGGGCUGACUCCGAGGGCCCCGAGGCGCGCGCCGAGAACAUGGUCCGCAGGGUGUGGAAGGACGCGGUGCAGCUCGAGUAA